GUCUUCAUCCUGUCGACACGAGCUGGUGGUUUGGGUCUCAACUUGCAGACUGCAGAUACUGUUAUCAUCUUCGAUAGUGACUGGAAUCCCCACGCUGAUCUUCAGGCUCAAGAUCGUGCUCAUCGUAUCGGCCAGACCAAGGCUGUUCGCAUUCUCCGUUUCAUCACGGAGAAGAGCGUCGAAGAAGCCAUGUAUGCUCAUGCGCGGUACAAGCUUGAUAUCGACGACAAGGUCAUCCAAGCCGGUCGU